AUGGUGCCGCCGGCCCAGGCUCGGUGCCGGGUGCUGGACAGCCUGGUCCCAGCCGAGAUGUUCCCAGUGUCCCUGCCAGCUCCUGCCUGUACCCAUGAGGAGCCGGAGGCCCAGGCAGCGGAAGAGUCCGGUGCCCAGAAUACACAACUGGGGGCCCGGGCCGCGCCCGGCCUGGCGCUGCUGCUCGUCUGCCCGGUGCUGGGCUCCGCGUUCGCCCUGGUGGAUGCAGAUGACGUCAUCACCAAAGAGGAGCAGAUCUUCCUGCUGCACCGAGCGCAGGCGCAGUGUGAGGAGCGGCUCCAGGAAGUCCUGCGCAGGCCAGCCGACAUCAUGGAAUCGGACAAAGGAUGGGCGUCCGCGUCCACGGGGAAGCCCAGGAAGGAGAAGGCACCCGGGAAGCUCCCCCCUGAAUCCGAGGACAAAGUGGCGCCCCACGGCAGCAGGCGCCGAGGGCGCCCCUGCCUGCCUGAGUGGGACCACAUCCUGUGCUGGCCGCUGGGGGCGCCGGGCGAGGUGGUGGCCGUGCCCUGUCCCGACUACAUUUACGACUUCAAUCACAAAGGCCAUGCCUACCGUCGCUGUGACCGCAAUGGCAGCUGGGAGCUGGUGCCCGGGCACAACCGGACGUGGGCCAACUACAGUGAAUGCACCAAGUUCCUGACCAAUGAGACUCGGGAGCGGGAGGUGUUUGACCGCCUGGGCAUGAUCUACACCGUGGGCUACUCUGCCUCGUUGGCCUCCCUCACCGUGGCUGUGCUCAUCCUGGCCUACUUCAGGUGGGCGGGCUGCCGGGUGGCCGUGACCGUCUUCCUCUACUUCCUGGCCACCAACUACUACUGGAUCCUGGUGGAGGGGCUGUACCUGCACAGCCUCAUCUUCAUGGCCUUCUUCUCCGAGAAGAAGUACCUGUGGGGCUUCACAGUCUUUGGCUGGGGUGUGCCCGCCAUCUUCGUGGCUGUGUGGGUCGGUGUGAGAGCCACCCUGGCCAACACGGGGUGCUGGGACUUGAGCUCCGGGAACAAGAAGUGGAUCAUCCAGGUGCCCAUCCUGGCCUCCAUUGUGCUCAACUUCAUUCUCUUCAUCAACAUCGUCCGCGUGCUGGCCACCAAGCUGCGGGAGACCAAUGCCGGCCGGUGCGACACGCGGCAGCAGUACCGGAAGCUGCUCAAGUCCACGCUGGUGCUCAUGCCGCUCUUUGGUGUCCACUACAUCGUCUUCAUAGCCAUGCCCUACACCGAGGUCUCAGGGACUCUCUGGCACGUCCAGAUGCACUACGAAAUGCUCUUCAACUCCUUCCAGGGAUUUUUUGUCGCCAUCAUAUACUGUUUCUGCAACGGCGAGGUCCAGGCUGAGAUCAAGAAGUCAUGGAGCCGCUGGACGCUGGCCCUGGAUUUCAAGCGCAAGGCACGCAGCGGGAGCAGCAGCUACAGCUAUGGUCCAAUGGUGUCUCACACAAGCGUGACCAACAUCGGCUCCCGCGCGGGACUCGGCCUGCCCGUCAGCCCCCGCCUGCUGCCUGCUGCCACCACCAAUGGCCACCCACCGCUGCCUGGUCACACCAAGCCAGGGCCCCCGGCCCUCCAGACCUCACCGCCAGCCGCGGCUGCGUCCAAGGACGCCAGCUUCCUCAACGGCUCCUGCUCGGGCCUGGACGAGGAGGCCUCUGCGCCCGAGCGGCCACCGGCCUUGUUGCAGGAGGAGUGGGAGACAGUCAUGUGACUGGGGACCAAGGGUUGAACCUAUGGACAUAAGGGCGGACAGACGGACCAAGAGACAGAUGGUCGGUGGUGGCCCACUCAUGACUGGGCGGGGAGGACAAAAAAGAAAAAAAGGAAAAGGAAGCUUCCUGCUAUGGUCUGA